CUUCAGUCCAACUCGUUCUCUCCACCUUCCCCAAUCAUGCGCUACCUCCUCACUUUGUUCACGAUCCUCUUCAGUGCGUUGCUCACAUCUGCGUCGGCAUCUCUUAGUCCAUCACCGUCCCCUGUUCCCUGUGUAAACAAAUGCCCAACUAAGGAUACCGCUAACCACGCUCUCGCUACUCAUGUUGAAUCCAGCAAUCCCAUCUACUGCCAAUAUGGAGAGGGUUACUGUUUAUACGUCAAGGUUCGCCGUAUACCCUACGAAAUAAUGUAUAUCAUCACCCACAAGCAAAUUCUGAUCAGACCACGGGAGUGUUGAGCUCUGAUCACGACUCUGGACACUGCCCUUCGAAAGCCGUCUGUACAACGGUCAGCCGUCGCGCUGCUCUUCCUCAAUCUCCCCGUCAGAAGUUCGCUCGCCAAGCUGAUACUGCGGAGUUGAAGGUAAGGGAUCGACUUGGAUCGGCUAAGCGCGGUAAGAGGUCGGUUUAGACGCCGUUGAGUGGAUGGUGAGUAGUGUCAUCUUGUCAGCUGGGACUCGUGGUGACGCAUAAAUACUGUAGAUGUUGGCGCAUGGUUUCAUGUUUGGGAACGAUUUACUUUCACGGCUCACUCACGCUUUACGGACUCCUACGCCCCGACUCCUCACACAUACAUCAUCAUCCAAUCAUUCAGCGGACAUGUAAUUUUGUUCUACUUUUGGACUCAAGACUGUAUUAAUAUUGUUCGUAUCGUACCCGUACGUAGAGAGGACUUGAUUAGGCAUUCAUUGGGUAGCUGUCCUUA